GGGAUGGUUGGAGGGUUGGGAGCAACAGGGAGGGGUUCACUGUGACACCAUUCCUCCUCCACGCUGUCCUCCAUCACUCCUCCUGCCGCACUUCAUUGAUCCCAGUAGCCGCCGUCAGAUUAUGAUCUGUGGUUAUCCCUGUUAGAUUCUAACUUUUCCUGUAAGCCUCUUGGACUAUAGUUACCUUGUGCCGGUGCUGCAGAGCCGCUGUUACCCAGCAGCACUUUAUUCAGGACAUCUAACCUCAGAUAUCUCAGUUAACGGUUCGUCGCGUGCCGUCAGCUUUAAUAACCGCGCUAGCUAAACACAGCUGAGCUAGCUGUUCCACCGGGACGACAUGCCGGGAUUUACACUUCCACUGACAUCUCUGGAGAGGCUGUUCCUGGGUCUCUGCCUGCUGGCGUCUGUUGGGAAGAUACUCGGAAACGACAACGGUGUCAAAGUGGUCGUGGAUGAAGACAGUGAUGCUGUUUUACCCUGUUUGAUCAGCACCAAGGAGAACCUCACAGGAGAACUGUUUGACUGGAAGAAAGAUGGUCAGAAGAAGAAGGAGGUGUUCCUGUAUGCUGCAGGCAGUCAUUACAAUAACGGCCGUCAUGGUCAAGAUGAGCAGUUCAGAGGUCGAGUCUCAUAUUUUAAAGAUCAACUGGAGUAUGGCAACGCCUCCAUAAUGAUCCAGAAUGUGAAGAGGGCCGACAGCGGGAACUAUAGCUGCAUUUUUCCAGAUCUUCAAACAUCGAUCAUUGAACUUGUUGUUGAAAAGCUCUUGAAAGACCGAUCAGGAGAAAUCCCAGGUGCAUCAAAGCCCUUCAUCACCACAAUACUUGAUCAAGCAAAGGGUCAGUUGCUGCUGCAGUGUGAAGUUCGAGAGGCUUCUCCAGAACCUAAAGUGGAGUGGAAGAACAGCUCUGGAAACAUCCCUCCUGCUGAGGAGCCUCAGGUCUCAGAGAGCGGAGGUCGUUACAACGUUACCCUCAACAUCACUGUGACCGAGACAGGACGCUACCGCUGUGAAGUCACUCAGAGGGAAAUUAACCAUCACACUAGUGCUGAAACUACCGUGGAUAUCAUUGGUGGAUCUCCUCAGGUCUCACAGAGAGGAGACUGUCAAUAUGUUAACACCACUGUGACUGACCACGACUGCUGUAAUGUCACUCGAGAGGAAAUUAGCCAUCAGAACUGUUCGAACGCCAGCGUGAACAUAUCGAGUGUUUCAGAGGAAGUCUGUGAGGACUGCUCCACCAAAGUGCACAUUGGAUGGCUGGUUGCUGCAUUUGUUUUAGGAGCUGCAGUUCUUGCUGCUGUGCUGUUUGGGCUUAGAGCCACAAAGUGCAUCACAAUCAGCUUUAAUCGAGGUGCAGCUCCAGAGCCAACUGCCACCUCUGCUGAUCCAACAAAUGAUAUACCACUGCUGCAGGAUGGAGUUAAUGGUGACCAUCAGCAUCAAAACGGUUCAUCUAAAGCUCCUACAGAGACGACACCCGUUUGACAGCUUUCUGUUGUAAAGGUGUGUGUGUGUGUGUGUGUGGGGGGGGGGGGGGGGUUAGUAGCAGGUAGGCGUACUAUCACCAGGGUCUCUACACAUGAACACCAGGAUUAAAAAACAUUGAUUGUGCACACAGAGUUUACUAAAAAGAAAGUUUUUGGACAAUAAGCAGUGCAGUGAGCCAGUAGGAGCUGAAGCAGACCUGAGCCUUCAUUUUGAUGUGAAGAGUUAUAUAAAGCUAUGUUUGCUAAAUUUGUACAUAUGCUUUUGAAAUGUACAAUUUUAUAUUUGCAUUCUAAGUUAUAAAAAUAGCUUGUUAAACAUUUGUGUGAUUUUAGGUCCAAUGUAUUAAUACAGUUUGUCAAAAUCAAACAAUAACUGUAAAGUCACACAUGUGAGGUUUCCUGAAUGAAUAAUGACACCAAACAAGGCAAGGUAAAGAGUUUUUAAAUUGAAAUAUAAAGGUAAAAUCAAAAGUAGUCAAAAACAGCCAAUUAUACCCUGGACCUCAGAGGGUUUAGUGUUGAUGUUUUAUUUUUUAGUUUUUUUGUACUUGCUGCCUGAUAAAAGGUAUUUUUGUAAAUGUGUAUUAAGUCUUGAUCCUCUCUUGAUGCUUAAAGUGAAACUCUCACCAAAAAGCAACCGAGGCUUUAUUUGCAAAUAUGAGUCAAACCUUCGUGUGAAAGCAUAAUUACGAUGAAAGAGGCACUUCUAACAGUUGCUGUAGUUUUGUUUUUGGCCACGCUAAUUUCAUGUGAAUGUCGUCAUCGUCUGUAACGCUUCAUCCAUUUUACGGGAUUGUGAGGGUUGUUGCUGGAGCCAGUCUGCUCACAUGUUAACAAAUAAAGUAUGUCAAGUAAACAUGUCACCUGUCAUCAGCACUUACCUGUGGUGCCUUGUUACAUUUACUUGUUGUAAUUCAUUUGUUGGAUGUGCAUUAAUGAAGCUGUCUGUCAUGGAAUUCAUAGAUUUAAUAUAAGUUAAAAAUAAUUAUUUAAAGAAACAAGAAUUGCACUCGGUACAGUGAUAAUUUAAUGUUCUCUGCUUCUUUCAGCUUAUAAAUAAUGACACCAAAAUGUUCUAAAAGACAUUAUCACCCUGAUUAUGUUUCAGUUGUCAUUAACUCAAAUGUUUGACAGCAUAUUUUCAGUUUGAAUGAAAUAAAGUUGAUUUUCUGCCUGA